CCGCCGAGGGCCCCAGCGCAGGCCGUGAUCAAGGUGUCUCCUCCAGCAGUAGCCAGUGAACUUCGCUCACUCCUUGCCAGUUACUUCGUGCAGUCAUCAUCCUGUGAGUGGCACUAGCCAGGAUGGCGGAGGACCAGUCAACGCCAUCCAGUCCGGAGCUGAGUGGUCUUCAUAACCGCUUCGGCGAUAACUCGGCCAGCAUCACUCGCACCUCACCCACUACACCCCCACACACACCCACCUCUCAUACACCUUCCUUGGGCAACACUAGCCAGGCAGAACAACACGCUGAGAGUGUAGGCGACACGAACUCUUGCUCAGCAAGAGCCGUGUCUGUGGAGGACACCGGGCAUGACUCUACAGGUUUCAAUAUGAAGUUGCUCUUGCAGACUCGGGGCUCGCCGCCGCCUUAUCUGGCGUUUCCGCCGCUGAGAAUCGAGUCAGACAAUGAAGAUGAGGAAGAUAUGCGAAGGAAGAAUAUUCCUGCGGUGUCGGAGGGAGCAAGUGACGUAUCCAAACGUUUUCUCACCGGUGCCGUAAGCUGCAGAGAUUUCUCAACACCCGAAGUGAUUAGCAACGUUGCAGCGGAGUUUCGCCAGGCGGGGGAUGCGACGACGGGGUCAGUAAGACCUCAACCCUGCGCGGAGUGUCGCGGUGGUGCUCCUCCAGAGCCACACCAGCAGUACACACCGUCUCCCACGCAACACCGGCACGACACCCACCUCCCCUCACCGCUGCGGACGCCGAGGACGCCCACUAGUUACGCUGAAGACUUGCAACCUGAUAUGCGCGCCUCACAGGAGAAGUGUGCGGUAGUUCCAGGUGAUGCGCUGCAGCCAUCGUUAUAUCGCAGUAACAGUGAUGGUAUUCUCUUUGCCUGUCCGAGACAGGUGUGUGAUACCCCGCCGCCUGACGUCACUCUGCUGACGAAACCUUCCAGUUUACAUAUGACUGGAUAUGACCCAGUCACUCAGUCUUCACACUCUACACCGUAUCGGAUAGUGUCAGGUCCUGGGGUGAGGUUCCAGGAGGACCCCACCGUAUCACCCUCGCCUCCAUACGAGUCCAGGGGAACAAAUAACUCUGAUACAGAGAAGGACGCGACCUCGUCUUUCCCACUGAAGAGAGUGAGAAAGAAAGCGUAUUUGACUUUCUAUGGUGCUGAGAAGUUUCUCCCAGAAAUUUUAGAAGACCCUGCGGUACUGCGCUGUCUAGGAGACGGCUCUCUUUCAGAAGGUCAACACCGGCGGGAGUCGUUUGUGAAGGUGGCUGUGGGUGUGACACCGGACAUGGCGGGGGACUCUCUGGGUCGCGGUUAUCACAGAGGGAACCCCGGCGUCAGCACUGAGGACCUCGGUGACCAAACCCAAGCACCCAACACAGUAUUGAAGGAUGCUCAGUCUAAUGGCUAUCACGUGCAGUCUGACUCUUGCGACGCUGUCGCCAUGACUGUCGUAAAUAUUCGAAACGAUGGCGGGAGAGGUGACGGGCUCGUCAAUGUUGAGAGGGGCUUCACCCGAGACGAUAAGCAGGGCGAUAAGUCUAGCAAAGUAAAAAGUGUAUUCUUUUACGUGGAAGAAGAUGAGAUAUGUAAAUAUCAGAAUAAGAACAUUGCAAAUGAACAGAAAGACUCUGUGAAUAAUUCUGGAGGACAAGAAAAUCUGGCGUAUGUGUCUGACGAACAGGACACAGUAAGUCGAGACGAGAACGUGACACCGUCUAGUGAGGAGCAGCAGCUGUCUCCAGAACCUAUCAGAAGCUCUGGCACUGAGUGUUUAACUGUUGUCAAAAAUGACAUUUUACGCUCUGCCAGUUAUGACACAGAUUUGAGCCAAGUCUUGAAUAAUCUGAGCGGUGACCAAACUAGUGCCAUCGCAACUCCAACUCUCAGAAAGCGCAGCACUUCGAGAGGUCGGCCUGAUUACACCCCCUCAGAUUCCGAAGGGACAGAGAAGCAAGAAGAAACUUCCUUUUCCUCUAAAGAAUCCAAGAAAGAGAUUAAACCACCACCAUUGAGGCCAAACUUUUCUCUUGGCAGUGAAGAUAGUAGUCCAAGCAUCUUCCGAAAAUUGAUUAAUAAUCCUUUCAUGAAGCUUACUCGCAGUGAAUCUGUAAAGUCAAGUAAAUCUUAUACAGCCUCCCCGUUGAGCAGAGCGGCAGACCUAUCCAAGAGCAACAGUACCAUCUGGGACACGAGAUCUCGGGGCUCCGGACAUCACGGCAGGCCUCCCCAGGCGCCAUCAAGCGUGUGCAGGGACGAUCAGCGCCACUACGACAAAAGCUACAUCAUCCAUAAUCACUUAUACCGCAACAGCCGCCGCAAUGUACAACAGAAGCUGCACAGGCAGCUCAGCGAACCACGUCACGAGGAAUGCAGGUAUAACGAUUGUCACCGAGACGAAUACUACCACAAGAAACACGACUCUUACUUAGACCAUCGCCAAAGCCACUCGCGCCACAGCCACUCUGACCACCAUGGCAGUUCCAGGCACGCCCACUCAAAACACAGCCACCAUGAGCACUCUGAUCACCACAGCGUGUCAGGACUGUCAAAGCACAGCCAUCGCAGCCACCACAGCCACGACCCUUUAAGUCCCACACGACAGGGCUUCUCGGAGUCCAAGGGUCCCCAUCAUCACCGUAGUCAUUCCCAGCGGAACACACCCAGACCCAAACAACAUACACUGAGGCGCCUCAAUACAUACGCUAACGAGGACUACCACAAGUACUUACAGCAACACGAACACAUUUACGAACACGAUCAGCCUUUUGAACACGAGCAGGUGCACGGUAGCGAGUAUCUGCCAAAUCCAGAAGAAGCGGUGGUUAGAAAGGUCUCUCACUACAGACAGGAAGAAAAGGGAACGACUGACGUGGAAAGAUGGGUUGGGGUGCACGGGGGACAGGCGAGCGAGGCCCCCGGGAGCAGCAACGUGCCGGCCUCGCCCAACACCCCACACAUCGUAGUCUCCACCGAGAACGAAACCUCCACCGCCGCCAAGACUCCCGCCGACAAGCCGCCCACUGACAUACCCACCCAACAGGUGAACACAUCAGGCAGCAAUGGCCAGGUUCUCAAUGGUCAGUCUUUGCCCUCCCCACCACCCACACCUGCUAAUAACACAGAAGAAAAGAAACAACGGCCUGACAAAUUAUCGUUGAAUAUGAUCGCCAUGGACCUUCCCGAAUGUCGUCACACAUCACUUGAUUUCAAUAUGUACAGAAAGUCCCGUCGAAAUUCCAUGAACGAGAUGUUUAAACGUAUAGGAGGUAGUCAGACUAACCUCCAGCAAACCCUAGGAGCUAACACCAUUCGUCGUUCUAGCUCCCGGAACAGUUUGAUGCCAUCUGUGCUGGACUGGAAGCAGGAAGGAAACGAUUCUCUCAUCGCGUGCCUGAGUGCCCUGUAUGGCAAGCUGCUGGUGGUGAUGGGCAUGGCCUUUCCAAUAGCAGAGGUCAUCUCCCAUGACAUUCCUAUUUCUUUCUACAAUGGAUUCUAUCUUUACCUGUACAUCGGAUCAAUAAUAUUCUUAGUGUAUGCGUACGUCUUCCUCUUGCGAUCUUUAAACCUACCUACGGAGCACCUAAAGUCCAAGUUUCAGUCUUUAAGGAGCUACAUGGCUAUGCCUGACUUAAAUACGGUCUUCCCUCGUCGGAACACAGCGCAACAAGAGGGGCCAGCACGUAUGUCUAGCCGAGAUUCCCGUCUGUCUGGCUGUUCUGAGAUUGACAAGGAAUCGGACCGUGCAUCUAUCAACACGAUGAGCUUCAAACCUCCAAAAUUUGCCAUUACUGGUUCUAACAACCAUGGCUCAAUGUACCUCAAAAUGGGGGCAGUAUUGUUUGGGAUUGGCAGUAUGAUCUACAGUGGCCUUGAAGUUGGGCAGUACUUUGAGCUGAAAGCUGAUGAUGACUGUGCAAACAUUCUCCUUGUUGUAUCUCCUGCUGCACGUAUGCUCUUCACUUUCAUCCAGAUGUACUUCAUCUUCCUUAACUCAAGGGUUGCUAUUAGCCGUCACAGAGUCAUUGCAAGAUUUGGCUUGAUGCACAUGAUUGGAACUAACCUCUGUAUAUGGCUCAAUGUCCUCGUUCAGGAAACCAAACACGAAAUCAUAAACCUGACGCUCGGUCACGGCCGCCACGAUGGAGGCCACUCCAGAACAAAGGGUCAUCAUGAAGAGAGCACUGCAAGUCAUACCAGUGACUUGGAAGCUAUCUUGGGUAGUCAUGGCAACAAACCUCAUGACAUCGUAGCUGACCAUUCAGUACAUCCAGUGAUGAACGAGUCUCAUCAUCUGCCACAUACUCCUCAACUGCAUGAUUUGCAUUUGAAUUCAAGUGAUGGUCAUCAUCAUAUUGUGCGGAGAUCUGGUGAGCAAGCAUUCAGUAUCUACGAAUGUCGUCGCUCUCAACUUAUGGGGCAGCUUGUUGAUAAUGCGUCUCCUUUCCUCUUCCCAUGUACUAUUGAAUAUUCUCUACUCUGUGCUGGUGUACUCUAUGUGAUAUGGAAGAACAUUAACAAACCUGAAGUGGCUUAUGAUGGGGACUCUGACAUUUCUACUUACGUAGCUCGCAAAGCUCGCCAUCACUACUCUGUGGACUGUGCCCACGCUAACCGUGGUCUGUUUAUGGGCAUCCUUGUCCUUGUGCUUACCAUCAUCUCCCUCAUAUUAUUUUUCGUGCUUAUCAACAAUGAUGAUUACAAGUCUCUAGCCAUAUUAGAGGCUAAUAUCAUUGAACUCUCUGUAUACGGUGUUGCUACUGUAACGGUGGUAAUAGGGAUGGUACAGAUGCGAGAAUUAGAAUUUGUACCGGAAGGAGACAUAGAGCUGGACAACAUCCUUCUCUUAAUUGCUCAGACUGGAGUUUACAUCUACACUUCCUUCACCGUUAUUGGCGGACACUACACUCUGACGGACCACAUGAUUCUGCCACUGCUGUCUGCUAUUAUCACCCUUAUUCAAGCAACACUGCAAACCAUUUUCAUCUUGGAUGCAACCAGACGGUGUUGCUACAAUCAUGAGCAGCUGCAACGUAAACCUGGCAGAGAAAUGGUAACUUUUCUGCUAGUAUGUAACUUGGCGAUGUGGGCCAUCAACACCUUUGAAACAUCACGUGCUGAUGCACAUCCUACCCAGCUAAACUUCUACGGCAUCUGGGCCUGGACAAUUAUUUCUCACGUGUCUAUGCCACUUGCCAUAUUUUACCGUUUCCAUGUCACUGUUUGCCUAUGUGAGAUUUGGAAGAGAUCGUAUAAAUUAAAAAGUGACUUCUGAGUAUUUCCAUGCUUGUAAAUAUAUAUAUAUAUAGUUAUGUUACUCUUAAUGAAUACUGGAAACAUUGUAAUAAUUUUGUAAAUACUGAAAGCUAGUUAUGAGAAAGAGGUGUUACCAAAAUCAAACUUUUUGUUUAUAAAUAAUGUAAAUGAUUAAUACAAAUAAUACAGGUACCGUAUUUCUUGGUAUAUAAUGCACUGUCAAAAUCCACAAAGAUUAAAUGUCAGCCAGUCAAAUGUAGUCACUACCAUCACUGCUACUAUUUACAUUAUAGGUCCCAAAUGAGCUUCUUUCAACAGUAUGUGUAUACACUACAUUGCGUUACUUUUAACCCAGCAUGUAAUACUUUAAUUUGUCAUUUUACUUUUUUAACAAUAAUCAAGCAGCCAUAAUAGAGACAUCUUUUUUUUUGUUUUACCCUGGGAGAAUUCUUCCACUUGGAUUUAGAAUAUCUUGAGAUUACUUUUACACACUGACUCAAAACUAGAAACACUUUAUUAUUGUUAUGACAAUUAAGUGUAACUUUAUUUUUUACAUCUGAGUAGUGUUCUAUUUAGAUACAGAAUAACUUAAUAAUUAUGAUAAACCGUAUCACAUGUGGCCUAAAGACAGCCCAAAACUGCACGACUUUGCUUACAUUACUGCCAGAUGUCCAGUUUUAAACGUCACUGGAAAUAGAACAGCCUAACCUAAUUGACAACUCAACCAAACCAAGCAUAAUCUGUGCUAAUACUGUACAUCAUCCCCAAAAAAUUUAAUAGAACACUUUUCGUGAAAAUAAUAUAAACCACUACUCGCUGAUCACUGGGAGAAGACGAGUCACAAUAAUGUGGCUGACGAUAUGAUAACCAAACCCCACACCAAAAAAUGAAGAAACGACAAUGUUUCAGUUCAUCCUGGACCAAUAUCAAGUUGUAUGUGAUAGGAGAGAGAAUGAUUGAUGAAGAUUAAACCACCCAAGAGGUGGCACGGGCAUGAAUAGCCCGCAAUGGGAGAGAGGAAGGCACGGGCAAUAAAUAAGGAGAGUGAGGCGAGGAGCAAGUAAGAGAAGAAGGUAAGGUGUAAGGUGGGAAAGCAGAUAAGAGAAGGUAAUUCCUAGAAAAAAGUAAGAGUAAGGCAAAAAGGGUAAGAAUAGGAUGAAAGGUACAAAAGGGGUGAGUGUAAUAAUGGGAUGAAGGAAGAGUGGAACAGGUAAUAAUAAGGGAGGGUAAGAACAAGAAAAGGGGGGUUUAUGCUCGUCAAGUCACAUUUCUUAGGAAGGUUUAUCUAGUGCCUUCCUCUCCCCCAUUACACACACACAACUUGAUAAUAGUCCAGGACAGAUCGAAACGUCAUCGUUUCUUCAUCUUCUGGUGUACGGUUUGGCCAUCACUGGAAGAAGUCAUUCCAUUAUAGGUAUCCAUUUUGCUGAUAGAUAAAUUCUGUAUAGUAAUGUGUAGAUAACCGAACUGUGAAUAGAUAAUAUAUAUAAUCAUAGAUAAUGAUUAUCCAAAGUUAAAUAUAAUCCUUACCUAUGUUUAUACAGUAAUCUUUAUCUAUGGUUAUAUGUAAUCAUACAUGUCAUAAGGUUUAUAUAUAUAUAUAUA